AUGUCCGCCCUAGACCUUGAAUCGCGAUCCUUGGCGCAGUUCGAUAACUUGGUGGAGAGCGGAGAGCUACUGUGGGUAGAGACGCGGCCGAUUUACGUCCGGUCUGAGACCCUCAAUUUCCAGUUCCGGGUAGCCGGCAGCUUGAAGAGAAAGCCGCGCACCUCCCACCUCAGCACGGUCGAGAAUGCGUUCGCGGACGAAGACCCGCGCUUCUCGCUCGGCCUUUACGGCGGGAGACACAAGCUGAUCCUGAACAAGUACUGCGUCGUGCGUCCUCAGUUUGUUCUACAUACCGUCGACUUCGAGCCCCAGAGAGAUGCACUGAACGGCUUCGACCUCGGCGCCGCACGGACGGUGUUGUGCUCCCUGGAGAGCUCCUUCAUGGUCAUAUUCAACUGCGGCCACGAUAGCGGCGCGUCCGUGGGCCACAAGCAUCUGCAGAUCAUUCCGCGCCCGCCGCCAACGGAGCACGAGCUAUUUCCGGACCGUUACAUAUCGGGCCAAGCGGGAAAUGCACACCAGGUACCUGGCAUCCCAUUCGAUCACUCCGUCCACGCCAUCACCGCGGAUACCAGUGGAGAAAGUCUCCUGCAAAUAUAUAACGAUCUUCGUUCGUCCCUCAGGCUAGGGCCAGAAGCCCCACACAACGUGAUUCUGGUCCGAGAGUGGAUGAUGGUGAUCCCCCGAUCCAAGGCUGGGAACGGCAUGAUGUCCGCGAACGCAGCCGCCAUGCUCGGGAUGGUGUGGGUGAACUCCGAGGAGGAGUAUGAGGCUUGGGUCAAGCACGGGCCGUUGAACGCACUGCUGGAGUUUGGUGUUCCUCGUCGGGAACUCUGGCAUCGCUAG